UAAACUUUAUAUUAUCAAUUUCAUAAAUGAGCAAUUUAAUAAGGUUAAUGCUAAAGGAGAAACUCCUUUGCAUAUUGCAUGUAAGAGAAAUAAAUUAGAAGAUGUGACUGAACUCCUGAAAAGGGGGAUUGAUAUCAAUGUCCAGGAUUUCGCAGGUUGGGCACCUCUGCAUGAAGCAGUGGAAUGUGGGAGCGAGGAAAUUGUGGAAAGAUUACUUGAAAAUGGAGCACUUAUUGACAUAAUGGGUGAAGAAUAUACAACACCUUUACAUAAAGCUACAGUCUCACAAAAAAUGAACCUGAUCAUACUUCUUUUGAAAUAUGGUGCUGAUAAAGAAAUGAUUGAUAUUUUUGGAAAAACGCCUAUUGACUAUGCAAAGACCGAAACAGUACAGAAUAUUUUGAAGGAACAUUACCAUCCAAUUGAAAGAACUGAAAUGUUAUGUUGCAACAAGAAGAUGGUUGCUUAUUGUUACUAUAUAGAACAAGAUUAUAGGGAUAAGCUGAAGAAAAGAAAAAUCAAAAUAUUAGAAGAGUAUGACUCAAAAAAAGUCACUCACUUCUUAAUAAGAAGAACUCACAAAAUUUCUCUUAAAAUUUUAGAAUCCAUGCUAGAUGGCUGUAUCAUAUUACCUCAAGAGUGGAUUGACAGCUUUUUAAAUAACGACUUGUUUAUACCAAUUCCAGAUUAUACAUUUAUCAACAAUGUCAAGAUGAACAAAGGAAUACAAAGGGCAAUGAUGAACCACUUGCUAAAAUGUCCAAAACUUUUUUCCGGGAUCAAUUUUUUCAUUUCUGGACAUAAGAGUUUUGUUAAGAUUCAUGAUAUAAAAUUCACCAAAGAGCAUAUCGCUUCAUUGAUUAUUGCGGGAGGUGGUAAACUGCUGCAUAGAGCCCCUGCCCUAAGGACGUGCGAUGAAGUUGUAAAUUUUCCGUACCAUGCCAGAAAUUCUGCAGCUAAAUGUUGCAAUUAUAUCAUUUAUGAAGAAAACAACCCACCAGAUCUGAGAUAUCAAAUGCCUGAAAUCAAACAUAAAUCAUCUAAUUGGCUUGUGGAAUGUGUAAUUGACUUUAAAAUUCUGGACUAAAACAUGCUAUUCAGAUUUUGUUGAAAAUUUUACAUUUUUUCAUACCAACAAAAAUAAUAGCUUUUGACUACCUUCAUUUUGACAACUUUGGUCCAUUUGAAAAGAGGAUAGAAAAUAAAUUUAACUUUCUACAAUGUAUUGAUUGAAUGAUGUGAAUAGGAAACAAACUGUUGACAUAAACAUGGUCAUUAAAUGUUGGGUUCCAUAAAUAGUUGAAUUUAUCACAGGUUUAGUUAUUUAAUAUUGCCAUUAUAAGAUUCAUUAGUCAGAAUCGAAAUAUAUUUUAAUAUCUGAAAAA